AAAGGACAAAAAAAGGAUUCUCUAUAAAGAACCACUUCUCAUUGAGAUAUUUUUCCAGGAAUUGGGUUUCCCCAAAUUUGCCCCUUUGGCCCACUAUUACCCUUUAUAUAUUUGCUCCCUCUUGUGUUUUCAUUUCUGUCAUUUCGCCCUCUUCUCACAAAUCUUUCUUGCUUUCCUUGUUUUCUUUCCUUCAUCUUGUCCUCACUUUUUGUCUUCCUUUCUCUUUCUCUCUCUUCAACUCGCUUUCUUAGCCCAUUAAUGGAUCAAGGGAAAGGGUCUAUUCUGUAUGAACCCUCCUCAGUUUAUUGAUUCAUUCCGAUUCUCAAACUACCUCACAGGCUGAAACUUUUGCUCAUUUCAAACAUUCUCAUCUGAAAAGUUCCUCUCGAAAAGAUUUAAGACUGAAAAAAUGUUCCUUUUCUUGGAAAACAUCUCAUAAAACUCCUUAUUAUUAUCACGAUCAUUAUUAUGAUCAUCUUAUAUCAUCAACUACAUUUACUUUGUUAUAAUUCAAUUUUAUCCCUCUUUUUCAACAUAUUUUCAGAUUGAUUCAACUCACUAACUGUAACAAAUUGCUUUACAUUUCAUCUAAAACUAUCAAUCAAUUGAAUUACUUAUAAUAUUUGAAAGACAAAAACAAAAUUAUAUUUUUUCUGUAUCAACAUCGACCCAAUUUGAGUAAAAUUUCAAUCAUCGCUAGAUUGGGAUACAAGUUAAAAACAUUACUCUUGUUACACUAUCGUUUGGCAGGAUAUUGACUAGGUUGAUUCAAAUUACGAUCAUAGUAUUAUCUAUCAAGCUCAAAGGUAAUUUUACUAAUUAGUUGAUCAACGUCUACAAUUAUUCAAUGAGUAUGGAAGAAGUAAAUUGCAGAAAGUUGAUUACAAUAAAAGUUGAUUGUUGAAACCAAGAAAAGCUUCCAAGAGCAAUCGCAAUGAGCUGAAAUCGAUUUUUUGAUAGGUUAAGAUUAGAGUGAGAUGAUCAUCUAUUGCUUUAGUAUCAAUUGUUUUGUGCUCAUCCAAUUCUUAAAAUUCAAUUUUUUGAAAUUCAGAGAAACCUCAGCCUGAUUUGAUUUGUUUGUUUUAUAAUAUAAAAUGGCUGUUAAAUCAGGUUGGUGGACUAAACCUAAAGGUCGAUCUGGUAAAGCUCCCUAUGAAUUGAGUACAGGUAAAAGUGUUAUUAUACUCGGUGUUAUUGUUGCUUGUUUUGCCAUUCUAUGGCCAAAAAUAUUCUACCCAAUGAUUGAAGUUGCUCUUCGUUCACCAAAGCCUCGCUCUGCUGAUAAUUUAGCAAUGGUUCAUCCAAGAGUCCGCCAACAUGUUAUGAGAGAUAUGAGAUACCAAAAACAAGGUUCAGUUAAUCAGCCUUUCAUUGGAGCUUCAUCGAGAUCAACAAUUGGCCAAAUGAAGUCGAAAGAAUCUGGAGGAAUUUUCAAUUUAUUAAUGCCUUUUUACACCAUCGGGUUAUUUGUGGUCUUCCUGUAUACUAUCUUAAAGUUCAUGAGCAAAGAUGAUGAUAGAUUCGAUGAUAGGUUUGAUGAUCCAGAUGAGAUUGACGAAGACUCGAUUGAAAACGAUAAACCAAUUGUUAAGGACUUCCAGAUGGAUCCUGAUUACAGGAAAUUUGUUUUCAGUGAGGAAUAUGAUGAACAUGGUGAUAAUAUCAAACGAAAAGUAAAUAGUCAGAGACUAAAAAAGCGAGUACGAAACGAUAAACAAAGCGCAGCCAAAAACACUGUACAAGAAGAAUCGAUAGACUUGAAAAAAGAUGAACAAAUAUGUGAGCUUAAAAAACGUUUACAAGUAACAGAAGAUGCAAUGGAGCGUAUAUUAAAACAAAUUGGUUCCCUUAGUCAGAUGCUUGAGGCCAAAGGACUUUUAAUGAGCGAGAUCUCAAAUUUGACUGGAUAUAAAGAAACAGAGGAAAUUUACCACAGCGAAGAUGAAAUAAACACGAAAUUGGACAAGAAUGGCGAUGAUGAUCACUUGACAUCUGGCGAUUCCGUUUAUAGCAGUGAAAACCAAUAUAAAUCAUCCACUGACUACGAUUCUGAUACGUCCUUAUCAACAACGUCGUCGAAAUUUGAACUAGAAGAAUGAAACGAGCUUGGUUUAUUACGAGUUGAUUAUUAUAUUAACGACCAGCUUUAACGAAUUUUUGCAUCCCAGUGCGAAUUUUUUUUCCAAAACUUAAAGACUGAGUUCAAAAGAUUGAUGGAUUUCUGAUUGGAAUGAAGAAUGGCGGUGAACGUUUGAUGCAGCAUAACGAGCAAAUACGAAAUUUUCCAUUUGUUUGUCUUUGACCAAUACAAUCUCGCAAUGAGGUGAAAGUUUAAAGACACUGAGAUAAGCAUAAUUAAUUGAAGCCAAAGAUAUCUCGUAGAAUUGUUGUUAAUUAUGUUGAUUAGAGAAACAAAUAAAUAUGGUUUAAUGUUUCA